AUGAGUAAACUAGAAAACGUUGAUCUCAUUGUCCAAGAAGUAGAUGCGCUUUAUGAUAACUAUUUAAUAGAUAAUGCUUACAGCAUUUUGAGAAGGCUUGCCAAAAGCGAUUGUUCUGAACUGUUAUGGCGGCUGGCACAAGGAGCUUGUGAGCAAGCGAAAUUGAGUACCAACACCUACUACAUCGCUGAAGUUCAUGAAAGGAUGGGCAACAAGGAUGAAGCUUUGAAAUAUUAUUUGGAAGCAUUUAAAAUGCCAGUCAUAACAGCUGACGACAAGCAAAUUCAUGAGAAGGUUAUUAUUAUAUUUUCAUCCAUAGAACCACAAUCAUCAUCAACUUGA